UUCUUUUACCUCCCUCGUAUGCUAACCUACCAUCAUGGCGGCAGGUUCAAUUUCGGAAGACGAAUUUUGGGACAGCGUUAUUUACUUUUUAAAACUAUCAGAUAAAUUAGAUAGAAAAUGGACCGUGAGAGAAGCAAAAGAUGGAGGAAAGUAUGUCAUGAAAAAGGAAGAAGAGCUAAGGUGUAAAGAUAAAGAUUUGACUCUAGGAGCAGAUUUCUAUAGAGAUCAAGAGGUGGAGGAGGAAGACAGCUCUACACUACAGACUGACGGGGAAUUGGAGCAACGUGUCCUUACAUAUGAAUACCACAUUGUGUACAGCCAAAGCUACAAUGUCCCUGUCUUGUACUUCAAUGCCCAUUUUCAAAAUGGAAAGCUUUUGAGUUUGGAGGAAAUAUGGGAGAUGGUGCCAGCUGUGUAUAAAGAAAGGUUAUCACAGGAUAGAUGGACAUUCAUCUCACAACAGGAACACCCUCUUCUUGGUCGGCCAUUUUAUUUCUUACAUCCUUGUCAUACAGCAGAUUUAAUGAAAAACAUCCCUACCUUGUCAGAUAAAAGACAUUAUAUAAUUGCAUGGUUGAGUGCAGUUGGGCCAGUGGUUGGAUUAGAACUUCCUUUGGAGUAUGGACAAAACUUCAACCCUUGAAUUGAUGUCCCUAUUUUUCCCAAUCAGCCAGUCAAAAACUAGAGGCACUAGAGAAUGUUUCCUGGAUUUUCUUGGAUGUUAAUAGGAGUGAUGGAGUUCUGGAAAUAAUUUUUAAAGACAUGAAAAAUUUCACAUCAAAAACCCGAAUGAUUUGGGAACUGAUGUUGACACAGGACUGAAUGAAGAAAUUUUUUUAUAGAUAUGUUUCAAAUGAAAUUGACAAUUUGAUUUCCUUUAUCCAAUCUUCCAUGUAUGUGAUGCUU